AUGAGCCGCCAGCUGACCCUCUAUCCUGGAGCCGAACGCCUGGGCUUCAGUGGCUGCUCUGCUGUCAUCUCGGGUCGGUUCAACGGCAGCCAUGCCUCAGUCCGGGCCGGGGUCAAGGGUGCAGCUUUUGGCAGCAGGAGCCUGUUCUGCAUGGGGGGCGGCCGGCGGCUGGCGUUGAGCUCUGCCGGGCGGAGCGGCGGCUUUGGGCUGGGCCACGGAGGGCGCCCUGGAGGCUUCGUGGGCACCAUCUUCGGCAGCGCAGGACUGGGGCCCACGUGCCCAUCCGUGUGCCCACCCGGCGGCAUCCCCCAGGUCAUCGUCAACAAGAGCCUCCUGGCUCCCCUCAAUUUGGAACUGGACCCGGAGAUCCAGAAGGUGCGCGCGCAGGAGCGAGAGCAGAUCAAGGCCCUGAAUAACAAGUUCGCCUCCUUCAUCGACAAGGUGCGCUUCCUGGAGCAGCAGAACCAGGUGCUGGAGACCAAGUGGGAGCUGCUGCAGCAGCUGGACCUGAACAACUCCAAGAGGAGCCUGGAGCCGGUUCACGAGAGCUACAUCAGCAACCUGCAGAAGCAGCUGGAGAUCCUGUCCGGGGACAGGGUGAGGUUGGACUCGGAGCUGAGGAACAUGCGGGAAGUGGUGGAGGAUUGCAAGAAGAGGUACGAGGUGGAGAUUAACAGGCGUACUGCUGCGGAGAAUGAGUUCGUGGUGCUGAAGAAGGAUGUGGACGCUGCUUACAUGAACAAGGUGGAGCUGCAGGUCAAGGUGGAUACCUUGACAAAUGACAUCAAAUUCUUCAAGGUCCUCUAUGAAGGGGAGAUUGCUCAGAUGCAGUCCCACAUCAGUGAUACGUCCGUCAUCCUGUCCAUGGACAACAACCGGCAGCUGGACCUGGACAGCAUCCUCACUGAGGUUCGAGCCCAGUAUGAGGAGAUUGCUGUGAGAAGCAAGACUGAGACAGAGAACAUGUACCAGUGCAAGAUCCAGGAGCUGCAGGCCACAGCAGGCCAGCAUGGUGAUGACCUCAAGCUCACCAAGGCCGAGAUCACAGAGAUCAACAGGCUGAUCCAGAGGAUUCACUCAGAGAUAGGGAACGUGAAGAAACAGUGCUCCAACCUGGAGACGGCCAUUGCUGACGCCGAGCAGAGAGGCGACUGUGCCCUCAAGGACGCCCGAGCCAAGCUGGACCAGCUGGAGGGCGCCCUGCAGCAGGCCAAGGAGGAGCUGGCCCGGAUGAUGCGGGAACACCAGGAGCUGAUGAAUGUCAAGCUGGCCCUGGACAUGGAGAUCGCCACCUACCGCAAGCUGCUGGAGGGCGAGGAGAGCAGGAUGGCUGGUGAAUACCCAAAUUUUGUGAGCCUUUCUGUCAUUAGCAGUACCAAUGCCGGACCAGGAGGUGCUGGCUUCAGUGUGGACUUCGGUUCCUCGAGCAGUUACAACUACAGACCUCUGGCCCUGGAGGUCAAGACCAAAGGCAGCUGCGGCAGCGAACACAAGGAUCCCUCAGCCAAAGCCACAGGCAGCAGCUGUGCAACCAAAAAGGCCUCCAGAUGACAGACGGGGGGUGGGUGUGCCGUGAGGAGGCUGUGGGCCUCAUUCUCCUCCUGCUUUUUCCUCAGGUCCCUUUCCAAGUUGGGAAGUGUUUUAUCUAUCACUGAAAUCCCAACCUGUUCCCUCAGCCCUGUUUUCCUCAGUGCAGGGAACUGUCUGGUGCAGGAAGACCCGUCAUGGGCUCUCUCAGUGGCCUCUCUCCCACUCCCUUUUACUGUGUUGCUGACUCACAUGCAGAGAUGAAGUGCAGACCCAAGAUGUUUCCCUGUAGCCAACAGCAAGCCCCUCUGUUCUGUGUCUUCUUCAGC